CCCCCUCGGAGAUACGGAAGUUGUGGAAGUUGCUCGAGCUGUCAGCGGACUGAGUCUCUCCUGUGUCCUCUGGUUCUUCUCACACACAGACAACAACAACACCGCCUCACGGGGAUGUCUCUGUCUUUCGAGGGAAGAGUUGUGCUUGUCACCGGAGCCGGAGGAGGCCUUGGCAGAGAAUAUGCACUGGCUUUUGCGGAAAGAGGUGCCUCUGUAGUAGUGAAUGACCUUGGGGCCGACACUAAAGGGGGUGGAAAGAGUUCUGCAGCCGCUGAUAAGGUGGUGGAGGAGAUAAGAGCGAAGGGAGGAAAUGCCGUGGCGAACUACGAUUCUGUAGAGGAUGGAGAAAAACUGAUCCAGACAGCGCUAGAUGCGUUUGGAAGACUAGAUGUUGUCGUAAACAAUGCUGGGAUCCUCCGUGACCGUUCAUUUGCCAGGACGAGUGAUUUGGACUGGGACCUGAUUCAAAGAGUUCACUUGAGAGGCUCCUUCCUGGUGACUCGAGCCGCCUGGAACCACAUGAAGACCCAAAAGUUUGGCAGAAUCAUCAUGACGGCUUCAGCUGCAGGCAUCUAUGGUAACUUCGGCCAGGCCAACUACAGCGCGGCCAAGCUGGGCCUGCUGGGCCUGGCAAACACCUUGGCCAUCGAGGGAAGCAAGUACAACAUCCACUGCAACACUAUUGCCCCCGUUGCAGGGUCACGACUCACAGAGACCAUCAUGCCCCCAGACCUCGUGGCAUCUCUGAAGUCUGAGUAUGUGGCUCCACUGGUCCUCUGGCUCUGUCAUGAUCAAUGUCAAGAGAAUGGAGGACUAUUUGAGGUCGGUGCAGGCUGGAUUGGUAAAUUGCGCUGGGAGCGUUCUCAGGGCCGCACUGUGAGACAGAAGGAUCAACCCAUGAAUGUCGAAGCUGUCAGGGACCAGUGGGACAAAAUCUGUGAUUUCACAGACGCCACCAAGCCUUCAUCUGUACAAGAGUCUCUAAGCUCGAUGGUGGCGGUGCUGUCUCAAGUCGAGUCGGAGGAAGGAGUCGAUGCAAAUCCAACAGCUGCUGUGGCCUCGACCUCUGGGAUCAAUCCUGCAAUGGCAGUGGGACAGAAAAUGGAGGCGACCACGUUCAGCUUCACCCACACUCAGUGUAUCCUCUACGCACUGGGGGUCGGCAUGUCGACCAAGGACCCAGACCAUCUCAGGUUCCUGUAUGAAGGCGAUCCUGACUUUAGCUGCCUGCCCACCUUUGGGGUCAUUCCCUCCCAGGCAGCGAUGAUGAAUCUGGCCUCAAUCCCUGGACUCAACAUAGAUUUCACACAGGUUCUGCAUGGAGAGCAGUAUCUCGAGCUUUACAAACCUCUGCCAACAUCAGGUGAACUAACCUCUCAGGCGACGAUAGCAGACGUGCUGGACAAAGGCUCCGGAGCCCUCAUCCUCUUGGAUGUGAGCACCUACAGCGACGGGGAGCUGCUGUGCUUCAACCAGUUUUCAGUGUUCGUGGUCGGAGCCGGAGGCUUCGGAGGGAAGAGAAGCUCAGACAAAGCUAAAGUUGCUGCGUCACCACCUCAGCGGGCACCAGAUGCUGUGGUGAUUGAUUCCACCACCAGAGACCAAGCUGCCUUGUACCGGCUGAGCGGCGACUGGAACCCUCUUCACAUCGAUCCCAGCUUUGCUGCCAUGGGAGGCUUCAAGGCUCCGAUCCUUCAUGGCUUGUGCUCAUUUGGCUUCGCCGCGAGACACGUCCUCAAGCACUUUGCUGACAAUGACCCGUCUAGAUUCAAGGCCAUCAAGGUUCGCUUUGUGAAGCCGGUGCUGCCGGGUCAGUCUCUGCAGACCGAGAUGUGGAAGGAAGGCAACAGGAUUCACAUCCAGUGCAAAGUGAAGGAGACGGACGCUGUCGUGUUGUCAGGAGCUUACGUGGAUUUACACCCUGCGUCAGAUGAGUCUCCAGAAAGUCUCAGUCAAGCAAGUUCAUCAACAAUCCUUCACUUUCCUAUGAUCAGAUUCUGUCCAGGACUUCAGAGCGAGCUGGUGUUUGCAGAGAUCGGCCGCCGUGUGAAGGACCUCGGCUCCGAGCUGGUGAAGAAGGUGAACGCUGUGUUCGGCUGGGAGAUCACUAAAGACGGAAAGACCAUGGCACAGUGGACCAUCGAUCUGAAGAACGGCAGCGGCUGCGUGCACGAGGGCCCGUUCAGCGGGAAGACGGACGUGACCCUCACCGUGUCCGACGAGGACUUCAUGGAGGUGGUGCAGGGGAAGCUCAACCCCCAGAAGGCGUUCUUCUCUGGCAAGCUGAAGGUGAGAGGGAACAUCAUGCUGAGUCAGAAGCUGGAGGUCAUCCUGAAGGACCACGCCAAGCUGUGAGCCGGACCAGUGCUCCCGUCCGUCUGCUUCUCCGGUCCGGGGUGAACCUCCAGGAUUUGACCCACCUCCUCACUGCAAUCAACAAACAUGGAUCUGACAGGAAAUGUGAUUGUCUGAGGUGGAUACAAAGAAAUGCAAAAGUUUUUAAAUAAAUUUUUUCUAAUUCAGUUAUUGACUGGCAUUGUGUCAUGAAGUGAAAGUUAAACAUGGCUCUUUAUCACUGUUAAUGUGUCUGUUGGUCAGAAUAGGAUUUAUUCUUGUAUUAAUAUGAACCUUCUGCUUCAGUGAGGAACCUGGAACUUGCCUUUUCACAAGUUAAAUGUUCUGAGUGAAGUGAUAAUGAUUAAAAUCUAAACUAAUCAUAAUUCAACACUCGGUUAUUUCAUGAGGACUAAUUCACCUUUGUCCCUUAAAACCACUUUCAUGUACCUGAUACUGUAACAACUGAAAGUUUGAAAUGUAAAAUAAUAUGUAUAUUCAUUUUCACUUGUCAGAUGAUUUCCAUGCACCUGUAAUAUUGGUCUUUUAUGAAAAUAAACUAAUUCAGAACCGA